GGACGACGCCCUCUUAACGAUUUAUGACUUGAGCCUCGGGACCUACGCGCAUCUCCUCCCCGCUGCCGCGCCUCCUCCCCUACAUACACCAUGACGAAAAAGAAGAUCAUACCCUUUCUCGCGCUAACGGUGGUCCUAUUCUUCUUCUUCCUAUACUCGAGUCAGACUGCGCGUGACACAUGGCAGAGGAUACCGCAGCACAUUGGGCUAGGAGAUCAUGUUGGCGACAGCGAACCACCGGGCGGCGACCUGUCAAAUGGCCCGCCCAAGGACCCGGACUUCGCGAACUGGAACCCCAAACCGAACUUUAAGCCAGGCUCGCCCAUGCCGUCGGGCCACAACUAUACCUCCGUGCUUGUCAUCGCGAAGACAAAGGAGGAGGACACGAGUUGGAUGGACACGGAGCUGCCCGACCAGGUGAAGGCUGUAUACGUCGCAGACGACCCGACCGCGCCGCUGCAUCCCCCAAAGAACAAGGGCCACGAGGUCAUGAUCUACCUGUCUUGGAUCAUUGACAACUAUGACAACCUGCCCGACGUCGCUAUAUUCAUGCACGCCCACCAGCGCACCUGGCACAACGACGAUAUUUUAGAUCACGAUGCUGCGAACCUAGUCAAGAGACUGAGUCGCCAGCGCGUGUGGAGGGAAGGCUUCGUCAAUAUGCGCUGCUCCUGGUACCCCGGGUGCCCCGACUGGAUGCAUCCCGGCGAGACGGAGGAGAAUGUGUACAAGCAAGAGGAGGUCCUGCUAGCGAAAUCGUGGAGCGAGCUGUUCCCGCUCGACGAGGUGCCAGCCAUUCUUGCGCAACCGUGCUGCGCGCAGUUCGCGCUGUCCCGCGAGCGCAUUCAGGCGAAGCCGCAUACGCAAUAUGUCUGGUACCGCGAGUGGCUGUUCUCGACGAAGCUCCCCGAUUUCCUCUCUGGCCGUAUAUGGGAGUACGUAUGGCAGUUCGUCUUCACGGGCAACAAUGUCUACUGUCCCAAGGAGCACAUAUGCUUCUGCGACCAGUUCGGCAGCUGCUUUGGAGGUGAGCAGGAGUUUGAUGAUUUCAUCAAGGUCAAGAAUGAGCUCGGUGAUCGGGAGCGCGAUCUCCGUGAGUGGGAGGAUAAGGGGAAAGCGAUUCAGGAAGCGAAGGACGAGGGCCGCUUUGAGGAGGCGGAGCAGAUGGAAAAGCCUGAGCCGGGCAAGGAUAAGGAGUUCAGAAAGGAGAUCGAUAGGUUACGGCCGAUUGUUGAUGGGCUGAAGCGCGAUGCCGUUGAGAGGGGGAAAGACCCGAAGAAUCGCGCGAAGGAAGCCGGGAGGGAGUGGCAUGAGGGAGAUGAUUUCUGAGCAUUUUGAGGGAUAACCCUUUUGCAUUUACGGCGUCCGGAGAUGGAGGCUACUGUGUAAAUGGGUGUUUAUGGUCCCCAUUUUGGGCUGUAUCGAUAGGAACUUCUUCGGCGGUAGUAUGUAGGACAUACUUCUUACAUUUCGAGAUAUCCAAAAUGGUCCUCCGUUGAGGAACUUCAAUUAAGCUUCUUCCUG